UAUGGAAGCUGUAAAUGAACGUAUUUUGCCUUUACUUUCCAUGGAAAUUCAAACAAGGAAGACGGAAAUAAUUCAUCAAUUGGACGAGUUUUUCAAAUCUUUUCUCAAAUUUGAAGACAAAAAUCGUGUUUUGCCAGCAACUAUGCUUAUGAGCAUUUAUUGUCCGAAAACAAAUGCUGCGAGUGAUAAUUUUUCUGCAAUGCUAUUAUUGAACACAUUUUCUGCACAUUUGGAUUCCUUUGUUGAUUCUGUUUGGGAACAAUUUUGUAUGAAAUUAAUUUAUUCUGAUGAGAAAAUAGACCAAAUCCUUAAAAUUACAAAAGACAAAUUUUCUGAACAUUCAAUGAAUUUUGAAGUGAAAAAAGAUGUUGUGACUACAAAGAAGCCUGAUCCUAAGAAUGUUUUUAGGUUUGAUUUUUUUGAGAUAAUUUUUUAUAUAUUUAGGGAGAAAAUAAUUUGA